GAACGACGAUCGCUGUGCGGGGCGUAAAUUUUUCUAGUGUAAAUCUGUGCUACGUGGUCCCCCCUUACUCCAUCCUCAGGGUCUCGGAGUCACUUCAGACCUAAAAUCCCAUCACCCGGCCCUACGCCCGAAGUAAAUCCAGACGUCGCCGAUACAGGUCGGCUUUGAAGAUCGACCUCUAAAGACUCACAUCGUCUGAGGAAGAAGCCCAGAAGAGGAGGGAGAGGAAAGAAAAGGAGUCAGAAAUGGCUCUUUCUCAGGGACCGUUAACAUUCAAGGAUGUGGCCAUAGAAUUCACUGAGGAGGAGUGGGAAUGCCUGGACCCUGCCCAGAGGGCCUUAUACAGGGAUGUGAUGUUGGAGAACUACAGGAACCUGAUCUCCGUGGAUAUCUCUUACAUGCAUGUGAUCAAGAUAUUACAACUGAAAGCAAAUACUGAUAGAGGAGAAGUAUUCCAAACCGUGAUGUCAGAAAGACAUGAAAGGAAUGAAAUGAAACAUUUUUACCUCAGCGAUGUUCAAGAAAAUAUGUAUGACUUAGUGUCUCAGAAGAGAGAUGAGGAAAGUGAUUACAACCAAAUACCUAUAACCUAUAACGAAAAUCUCACUGAGAAGGGAGAGGAACAUGUUAGAAGUGUUGCAGGAAUCAAGCCUAUUGAAAAUAGGCUGGCAUUAAGCUUUUGGGUUGAACUGCAUAUAUUUAAAAGUGAAGAGAAGAUUGAUGAAUUUAUUCAAGUGGACAAGGAUAUCAGGAGUAGUGCCUCAUUUUCACCACUUGAAGGAACUUCUUCUAGUGUGCAAACCAACAUUUCUAGUACACAUGCGAGUAGUUUUAUGCGUCCUUCAGUAGUGACACAAGAACAGGAAGCACACAGGGAAGGAUCUUACAAAUGUAAUCUGUGUGGCAAAACCUUCCUUCAGGGAUCAUACCUCAAAAGACAUCAGAUCUUCCAUACAGGAGGGAAAGUACAUAAAUGUGAUGUAUGUGAAAAAGUCUUUACUCACAAUUCACACCUUGCAAGUCAUCAGAGAACUCAUACUGGAGAGGAACCUUACAAAUGUAAUGAGUGUGGGAAAAUCUUUCAUUACAGCUCAGAACUUGGAAGACAUCAGUUUCUCCAUACAGAAGAGAAAUUACAUAAAUGUGAUGUAUGUGAAAAUGUCUUUAUUCGAAAUUCAUUCCUUGCAAGAUAUCGGAGAAAUCAUAAUGGGGAGAAACCUUAUAAAUGUAAUGAGUGUGGCAAAUUCUUUAAUCAAAAGGCAUACCUUAUAAAGCAUCAGAGAGUUCAUAAUGAAGAGAAGUCUUACAAAUGUAAUGUGUGUAGCAGGGUCUUCAAUCGAAAUUCAAAUCUUGAAAGUCAUCAGAGAAUUCAUACUGGAGAGAAACCUUACAAAUGUAAUGACUGUGGCAGGUUCUUUUCUCAAAAGCCAAACCUUGGAAAGCAUCAGAGAGUUCAUACUGGAGAGAAACCUUACAAAUGUAAUGAGUGUGGGAAAAUCUUUCAUUACAGCUCAAAACCUGGCAGACAUCAGUUUCUCCAUACAGAAGAGAAAUUACAUAAAUGUGAUGUGUGUGAAAAUGUCUUUCCUCAAAAUUCAUUACUUGCAAGAUAUCAGAGAAAUCAUACUGGGGAGAAACCUUAUAAAUGUAUUGAGUGUGGUAAGUUUUUUAGUCGAAAAGCACACCUUAAAAGUCAUAAGGGAACUCAUACUGGAGAGAAACCUUACAAAUGUAUUAAGUGUGGCAAGCUCUUUAGUCGAAAAAGUAACCUAACAAGACAUCAGAGAAUUCAUACGGGAGAGAAACCUUACAAGUGUAUCGGGUGUGAUAAGUUCUUUAGUCGAAAAGCACACCUUAUAAGACACCAGACAAUUCAUACUGGAGAGAAUCCUUACAAACGUGAUGAGUGUGCCAUGGUCUUUAGUGAAAAAUCACACCUUGUAAGUCAUCAAAAAAUUCACACCGGAGAGAGCUGAUACAAAAGUAAUGAGUUUGGCAAAACCUUUUAUCACAUCUCAGCCCUCACUCAACACCUGAGAAUCCAUACAGGACAGAAAUUAUAUUGGGUUGCCCAGAAGGUUCAGUUUUUUCCGUAAGGUGGCUCUAGGAGCACUUAGUUGUCUUUAACUUCAUUCAAACAAUUUUGUUAGAUUUUAUGUGACAGCUGCGAUAUCAGCGUGCAUUUUAAAAAAAGACAUAAAAAUUGGUGAA